GGGGGGUGCCGUGCGGGGCUCUGAACAGACGUGUCAUUCACGCUGGGGAAGCAGAACCAGGCACUGUGGUUGGCCAUGAGCCUGGGCUGCUUCCUGCCGCGCAGGCACUGAAGGCGCAGGAGCUGACAGCAGCAGGCAGGUGAGAAGAAUGGGCUCCGUGUCAGAGGAGCUCAGCCUGGUCCCCCUGCACCAGAGGCCAGAGCUGCUGGAGGCCUGUGCUGAGCUGCUGCGCGAAGAGUGGGGGAAGAGCCGGGCGUCGCGGCUCCACGCGCUGCAGCGCUCCUCGGACUCUUUCCCCGCCUGCCUGCUGCUGCUGCGGAGCCAGGGCGCUGCCAAGGACCCCUGCCAGCUCGUGGGCCAUGUCCGGCUCUCCCGCGUGGCCGGCCGGCCCCACGACCUCUUUGUGGAGAGCGUGGUGGUGGCCCGGGCACUGCGGGGCCAGGGCUACGGGCGGCGGCUGAUGGAGGCCACCGAGCAGUGGGCUCGGGCCCGGGGCUUCGGCUGCCUGCACCUCACCACCCACGACAAGCAGCAUUUCUACGCACACCUGGGCUUUGUCCUGGGCGAGCCGGUGCAGAGCGUGGCCUUCCUCAGCCCCACCAUACCCGCUGAGGUGCUGCGGCUCUUCUCCACCCCUCCUGGUGCCACCACCACCACCACCAGACCAAGGGUGCCUCCUGCCCCUCCACCUCCCCUCCCGCCCCCCGCUGCCCCCACACCGCCCCCCUCCCCGAAUGUGAUCUGGGCAAGGGGGGUCCUGGCUGAAAGCAAUAGGCACAGCCUCCUGGAGACCCCGCACCGCGAUGCCAAAGGGCUGCCCCUCUUCUGGAUGAAGAAGCACAUUUGAGGGGCUGGGGCCCUGAGCCGGUGAUUAAAGCAGUGUGGGCAGGAGCUGCCCACCCCGGCAGUGCCUGGCUGCUGCCGUUCUUCAGGUCUGGCACCAGUUCCCCCAGCGUCCCCGGCCCCAUUGCUGGUGUGGGUGCUGGUGGGGACGUGGUCCCCACACCCUGCCCUGCCCGGGUACAUUGGCUCUGCUCCCGUGAGGUCCCCAGCUCGCCUGGCUGGGGCCCUGGGACCGCCAGUGUGGCAGGGAGCCAGGCCCAUCCGAGCUCUGGGCAUCAGACCAGUCCCACCAGUGUCUCCUGCACCCAUGGAUCUCACUCUGGGGCAGCUGGGGCUGACAGUAGGCCAUGUCCACCAGCGUGGCUGCUGCUCUUCCCACUGAGCAGCCUGGGGAAACUGAGGCACACGUGGCUGGAUGGGCACCAGGGGCAGCAUGGCAGGGCCCCCUGCACUGCACUGCAGGUGGGUGGGCAGCCAGGUCCCCCCCAUCACAGCUGGCAGCAGCAAGGGCCAGAGGCAUGGCAUUGGGAAGGUCGGCGAGCAGCUGGGCUGCACCAGGGGAUUAGCGCUGUCUUUGCUGCAUCACCGGGCCUGUUCCCUGCCUAAUCCGUCACCCCAGUGGUUGGCCAGCACUGGGCACCCAGCCCCUUCCAGCCCUGCCCUAGUUUGGGGCACGGAGUUGCUGCUUUGACUCCACCACGGUUCUUGGGCAGCUCAGUCCCUCACCAGGGCGCCUGGCCUGGUUAGGCUCUGCGACGAAAUGGGGGAGAAAGGGUCUCAUUAGUUCAUAUAAAUAUCACAAAGGUGGGUGCCAAGAGGAUGGUGCAAACUCUUUUCGGUGGUGCCCAGUGACAGGAUGAAGAGCAAUGGCCAUAAACUAAAACACAAGAAGUGUCACUUCAACAUGAAGAAGAACUUUACAUUGUGGGUGGCAGAGCACUGGAACAGGCUGCCCAGGGAUGUUGUGGAGUCUCCCUCUCUGGAGACAUUCAAAACCCGGCUGGACACAUUCCUGUGUAACCUGCUCGAGGUGGCCCUGCCUUGGCAAGGGGGUUUGGACUGGAUGGUCUCCAGAGGCCCCUUCCAACCCCAGUGAUUCUGUGAUUCUGUGCCCUUGCUACAGGCAAGGGUGGGAGCCAGCAGCAAAACUGAUGUCCUGGGGUUGGUGGCUUGCAGUGCCAUGUCAGAAUCGUGGCUGUGGUGCAGGCAGAGCUCUGGGCACCAGGUUGAAGUGCCUGCUGGCGACACUGAGACAGGAGGUGUCCAAAACCCCCAAGUUUGUGGGUCCCAUGGGAUUUUGGGGCAUGCAGCACAGCCCUGUGGGACAGCUUGGCCCCUGUGGCUGAUCUUAGCCCACAUGCCAGGGCGGCAGUGCCAGCACGACCACGGUACCCCUGCAUGGCACUGUGCCCCAUCACCUCACCCCACUGCUCUCCUUUCCCCGCAGGGUGCUGGCCCCGCAGGAUGGUGCUGGCGCUGGCGCUGUGGGCCUGCCUGGUGCUGAGCAGAGCCGGUGGGGAGAGCCCGGCGCCGGAGCCUGUGGUAGGUGGUCAGCCCUUCGCGGUGGUGUGGAACAUCCCCAUCCAUCGCUGCCAGCACCGCUUCGGCGUGGGGCUGCCCCUUGGCGACUACGGCAUCGUGGAGAACCAGGGUGGCCGCUUUGCUGGUCAAAACAUGACCAUCUUCUACAAGAACAAGUUUGGGCUGUACCCCUACCUGUCACGGCAGGGCAUCCCCCACAAUGGGGGCAUCCCCCAGCGGGUGCCCCUCAGUGCCCACCUUGCCAGGGUGGCUGGGGACAUCCGUGACCUCCUGCGCCCCACUUUCCAUGGCCUGGCCGUGGUGGACUGGGAGGAGUGGAGGCCCCUCUGGGCCCAAAACUGGGGGAACAAGCGGAUCUACCAGGCGGCCUCAGAGCAGUGGGUGCGGGACCAGCAUGGCCUCCUGCCACGGCGACGGCAGCUGCGGCUGGCACGGCGGCAGUUUGAGCGGGCAGCGCAGGCUCUGAUGGAGGAGACACUCCUGCUAGGCCGGACCCUGCGCCCGGGGGGGCUCUGGGGUUUCUACCGCUUCCCUGACUGCUUCAACGGCAACUGGGCCAAGGUGGCCAACUACACCGGGCAGUGCCGCGCAGCAGAGGUGCAGCGCAAUGACCGGCUGCGCUGGCUCUGGGCCGCCUCAGCUGCUCUAUACCCCAGCAUCUACCUGCCCCCAGCGCUGCCGCCUGCCCUGCGCCAGCGCUACGUCCACCACCGGCUGCGCGAGGCCCUGCGUGUGGCUGCCUUCAGCACUGGCGGCCUCCUGCCUGUGGUUGCCUAUUCCCGCCUGUCCUUCCGCCGCUCACCCCAGUUCCUGGAGCCAGCUGACCUGGUGCACACCAUCGGGGAGAGCGCAGCACUGGGUGUGGCUGGACUCGUUCUCUGGGGAGACAUGUCGUAUUCCCGCUCAGCUGAGAGCUGUGCCAGCCUGCGUCACUACAUCGUGUCCACCCUGGGUCCCUAUGUGGCCAAUGUGACGGCAGCAGCCCAGGAAUGCAGCUACAGACAGUGCCAUGGGCAUGGGCGCUGCGUGCGCCGGCGGCCCCAUGACCUGGGCAGCCUCCUGCUCCUCAGCCCUGGCACCAACAUGCUGGCCUCUUUCCGCUGCCACUGCUACCAUGGAUGGUCUGGCAAGGGCUGUGACCAACGUGUCCAGCCCGGCCCUGCCACCUCCUGCCUGGCGCUCACCAAUGCUCAUGGCCUCUACAGGCACAAUGACCUCCCACCCUCCGACACCUGUCUGCCACAGGGUGCGUGGGGCUGGUGAUGAGGGCUGGGGACCGUGGUGGUCCCCUACCCCAGAGGCGCUGCUGCCUGGUACUUUUUAUAAGUUUUAUUAAUUUAAAUAAAUCCUCCCUGCACA